CCGAGCAGUGCUACACAUCCUUCGCCUCUCGAUCCUGCAGCUUCCAGUGCCAGGCAGCCUCCCAGGAUGAAUCCCCUUCGCCGCCAAAUACAAGCAGCUGCCGUGAUGGCGAUGGUGUGUAUGGCGGUCGCUGGCGGAGGCGGCUAUGGUGCCCACGGAGGCAGGAACAGCGGUGGCUUCUCCGGGGGUCUCGGAGUCGGUCUUGGCGGCGGGCACGGGGCGCACGGAGGGCACGGAGGGCACGGAGGGCACGGAGGCCGCGGUAGCGGAGGCGGCAGCGUGGUCCGCGCCGUGCUCGUCGGCAAAGGAGCCCUCCCCAGCAGUGGCCACGGCGGAGCCCACGGCCAAGCCACCGCCUACAGCGCAGGUCCUGCACCUGGCUCCUUUGGCCCUGGACCUGCAGGAAGGGACGACUUUGGCUCAGCUGGAAGUGCUGCCUUUGGCCCGGGCCCUGCUGACACUGGCAGCUUUGGCCCUGUUCAAACUGGCGGAGCCAGCUUUGGCCCUGGCCCAGUUGGCACUGGUAGCUUUGGCCCUGUUCAAACUGGUGGUGCCAGCUUUGGCCCUGUUCAAACUGGUGGAGCCAGCUUUGGCCCUGGCCCAGUUGACACUGGUAGCUUUGGCCCUGUUCAAACUGGUGGUGCCAGCUUUGGCCCUGGCCCAGUUGACACUGGUAGCUUUGGCCCUGUUCAAACUGGUGGUGCCAGCUUUGGCCCUGUUCAAACUGGUGGAGCCAGCUUUGGCCCUGUUCAAACUGGUGGUGCCAGCUUUGGCCCUGGUCCAGUUGGCACUGGUAGCUUUGGCCCUGUUCAAACUGGUGGUGCCAGCUUUGGCCCUGGUCCAGUUGACACUGGUAGUUUUGGCCCUGUUCAAACUGGUGGAGCCAGCUUUGGCCCUGGUCCAGUUGACACUGGUAGCUUUGGCCCUGUUCAAACUGGUGGUGCCAGCUUUGGCCCUGUUCAAACUGGUGGUGCCAGCUUUGGCCCUGGCCCAGUUGGCACUGGUAGCUUUGGCCCUCUUCAAACUGGUGGUGCCAGCUUUGGCCCUGGUCCAGUUGACACUGGUAGCUUUGGCCCUGUUCAAACUGGUGGAGCCAGCUUUGGCCCUGGUCCAGUUGACACUGGUAGCUUUGGCCCUGUUCAAACUGGUGGAGUCAGCUUUGGCCCUGGCCCAGUUGACACUGGUAGCUUUGGCCCUGUUCAAACUGGUGGUGCCAGCUUUGGCCCUGGCCCAGUUGACACUGGUAGCUUUGGCCCUGUUCAAACUGGCUUCGGCCCUGGCCCAGUUGAUAGUGCCAGCUUUGGCCCUACUCAAACUGGUGGCGCUAGCUUUGGCCCUGGCCCAGUCGGUAGCUUUGACACGGGCUCUGGCCGAGCUGAUAUCGCUGGCUUUGGCCCUGGCUCAGCUGCCACAUCUGGCUCUUCCUUUGCAAGCAACAACAUUGGUCCAGUUUCUUCCAGGACUGGAUCUGCUCAACCCAAGGGAGGCUACGGCUAUUAGUUAAGGAAAAAUAAAUGAACUAGAGUAAAA